AUGCCAUCACCAGUUCUCGCCAAGUCCCUGGAGCCCGGCGCAAAGAUCGCCUUCAUCUCCCCCUCGGCACGUCUCAACGAUGCACUCCCUGAUGUCAUGUCGCGGGCGACUUCAGUCCUCACUGAGAAGGGAUACCAAGUGCAAGCCUUCUUCAGCAAGGACACAGGCAUCCAGUCGUCCAUCAACAACCGUCUGAGGGAAAUCCGAGAGGCCUUCUCAGACCCAACCAUCUCUGCCAUUAUCACCACCAUCGGCGGCACACACUUUACCGAACUGAUCCCUGCACUCCUUGGCGAUACCGAACUGCACAGCAUCAUUCGCAACAACCCAAAGAUCGUGGUUGGCUUCUCAGAUAUCACCGGUCUGCAUUGGUUCCUGCAUGCCCUCACCGGCUUGCGCACCUUUUACGGACCUGGUGCCAUCCCUGAGCUUGGUGAGCCAAACUCAGUCGACAAUAAAGAGACACCACUUGCAUUUUGUGUGGACAACCUCUUCCGCGCCAUCGCGUCCCGCGAGCCUCUGGGCAACAUUCCAGCAGCCGCCUUCUACGCCCCCAAGGCAGCCCCAUGCUUUUCCGAUGCCGCCUCAACCAAAAAGCCCGAGCUCGUUCGGAACUCGGGCUGGACGUGGCUUCGGCCCGGCAAGGCCCAGGGUCGCCUCUUUGGCGGAUGUCUCACUGUUGCUGUGCGCUUGCAUGGCAUUCCUGCGAUUGUUCCAGAUUGGCGAGGCAGAAUCAUCUUUCUGGAAACCACCAUUGGCGAGGACGACGCCUCGGGCCCUCUUCUGCCCCGUAUACAGGCCGGGUUUGCCGAUCUGAUUGCCUACGGAGCAUUUGAGGAGGCGGCGGGACUUGUCAUUGGACGUCCCUUUGGGUAUGACACGCCGGAGCAGAGGGAGAAGUUUACGGGCGUUAUCAAGGAGCUCUUGUGUGAAGGGCGUCUUGCUGAGAGGAAGUUUCCUAUUCUUUUCAAUGUUGAUAUUGGACAUACGACGCCGAUGGUCACUCUGCCGUUUGAUACCCUGGCUGAGCUUGACUCAGAAAGCAACACUUUCCGUGUCUUGGAGUCAGCAGUCUUGUAA